AUGCGGACGGAAUUAUGGGGCGGCGGCAUUCGCGGCGGCUACGUCGGUGACGGUAACGCGCGUUUGUUCAACAGCCGCCCAUUCGAUGGCCAUAACGGGCGGUGCAGGAAUCGCGAUUCACGAUCCGCGAACUGGCACCGGGGUGCGCAAAAAGCGCGCUUAUUAAUGGCGGCCGGCGCCCAUCGGGCACCUUUCAACAGUUUCCCGAGAGAGCCCCGCCACGAAUCCGCGGCGCGCGGCGUUCAGCGCUCAUGCAUUUUCAUCGCGGCGGAAAAACGCGGCGGCGACGCGCGCUCCCGCCGCCCUAAUGAGGCGGUUCCCAGGGCGGCGGGGGAACCCAGCCACCUGGCCCGGGGGCUAUUUCGCGAGGACUUCGUGGGCUCAACGAUCAACGCUUGUGACGCCUACGCACCUCGACACCGCUCAGUUAGAUUUUCCGAG